AGCUAUACAGUACACAGUACACACCAUAACACUCAUCAGUUCUACACUCACUCACACAAUCAUGGCUAGCUCAAUGUUUAUCAAAGUUACUUUCUUGGCUAUGAUAUGCUUGGUUUUGGAUAUUCCCUUAACCAAUGCUGGCCAAACAUGCGAUGAAAUAAAAACCACCUUAUUACCAUGCGUUCCGUAUCUUAGGGACCAAGAACCAACUGUCCCCGUAAUAUGUUGCAAUGGUGUUAGGACUGUUACCGACCAAGCCAGAACUGUUGCGGAACGUAAAGAUGGUUGUGAGUGCCUCAAAGCAUCUUUAACAAGCAUACCUGGACUCAAUCCUAAUGCCGCUCAGGAUCUCCCUAACAAGUGCGGUGUCAAACCGGCUUUCCCAGUUGGUGUCAACGUAGACUGUAGCAAGAUAGGACUUCAGCUCUGAGCUUGUAGGGUUUGCACUUGAUGAAUAAGUGAUGAACUUGGUUUGGUAAUAACCAAGACAGAAUAAAGAUAUUUUGAUUUCUCGAAUAUUGUAACUGAAUUCCCACUAGGGAUCACUAUAUUAUGAGUUUACGUAAUAGUUGAAAUAAAAUCUUCUCAGUUUCGGCUCGAAA